CAGCUGAGAAUCAAUAAUCAAAAUAAGUACAAAAACAGUACAAAACAGCGCCAGGGCGGCGGUGAGGCUACGUCUCAUGAGGUGGCGUAAGCUAGCCAAUGAUGUGUCAUGUGCAGCUCACGUGACCACGCCGUCUGGAAACAUUCGAAAAAUGGCGCAGGAAAACAGUACCGAUAGUUUAGCGGAGAAACAUCUUGAGGUUAUUGCUUCAAUGGAGAAAAGUGUACAACCUAAGUCGUCAAAAGUGUGGGAACACUUUACUUUAAAGAAUUCAAAGAAGACCGUUUCCUGCAAAAUGGCACGGAAGUACAACAUUGCUUCAGGAGCACCUGAAAAGGAAACAUGUUGGAGCCAUGGAUGAAGGGAAGAACUCACAGAUCCACGGUGCCUGUGACAACGCCGCCUGUGACAACGCCGCCUGUGACAACGCCGCCUGUGACAACGGCGCCUGUGACAACGCCGUCAACGACGACAACGACGACAACGACGACAACCCCACUGGCACCAUCACUGUCCCAAAAGGAAAGUGUUCAAAAUAAAGAAAGUAAAAGCAGCUACGUUGCCACCCUGGAAGUACUGUUGGGGAUCUCUUCAAUUUUUGCCCUGGUGCUGCCUGUGGCCGUGUACUUUUACAUGCGUCGUCAGACGAGGCAGUUGGACUCGCCACCGGCAAACUCCCAGUCGCCCUGGGAAAACGUAGAGCUAUUGCAGCUACAGUAGGCCCACGGUUCCUGUAUCGACAUGCAUGAAGGUCAGACUCUGGGACUACGCUUCAUUGGCUGUGAGACCUUCGGCGGGAAGACAAAGUCGCUUUGUUCCGCUUGAAGGGGAGUGGAGCGAUGGAACAAGCGCCAUCAUGCCUGUGAAACAAGAAAUAUCCACUCCAUAUAUGACAGUCGUAUAGGCCUCAAAGAAUUAUGGAUUUUGUUAUUGUUCUCACUCACAUUGUUUGUCAGGUGUUGCACUGUUUUUACGCUUUACUGCACAAGAUGCCCAUUCAACUAUGAGGAAUUCACUGCAAUUAUGCAUUUAAUUCUAAUUCAAUGAGCUAAUAUUACUAGUUAUGUACCAUACAUGCAUACCUAGCCGCUUCCUGCUCCAUCAUUGAUUAGAACACAGUGACCAUGUUAGGUUCUGUUGGUCUUGAACCGCAAGAUGCAGAGAUGGCAGGCGUAGCACCGAUAAACAUGACUUUAAUGUCAAUAAGGAAAUAGUGCAAAUGGUAUGUGCACAUGCAGGAACAGGAAACAAUCUUCGAGCCCUGACUGGAGGGCGAGGCAGGCAUAAAUACUGUAUUUUUCGGACUAUAAGUUGCAGUUUUUUUCAUAGUUUGGCCGGGGGUGUGAAAUUAUUAACACAUUAUCGUAAAAUAUCAAAUAAUAUUAUUUAGCUCAUUCACGUAAGAGACUAGACCAGGGGUCGGCAACCUUUACCACUCAAAGAGACAUUUUGAAAAGUUUCAUAAAUGAAAGAAAACAAUGGGAGCCACAAAAAAAUUUUGAAAAUUUAAAAUGAAAAACACCGCAUACAAAGCUUAAAUUGCUUUGCGCUAUGUUAACCAAGGGUCUCUGACAUACGCACCGGCACGCACUUUAAUAUGGAAAUUUGAUGUUAGUGCGGCCCGCGACUUUUAAUUGAAUGGCGCUUGAUAGCGUCUUUCUUGCCAAUCCUCCCAAUUUUCCGGGAGACUCCCAAAUAUCAGGACGUGCUGGCACUGCUUUUAGUGCCCUCUACAGU